GCUACCAGCCCUGCCACUUACAGUCCGAACGCGAAGGGGCUGGGGACUGACCGGCGUUGGGCCGAUAGGGCGCCACAGGUUGGAAAAAGAAGGAGCUGACCCCAUGACUGUCGCCCUGUGAGGCAGAUCCUGGGUCUUGGCUGCAGGCAAAGCGCAAGGAGUCGCGGGGCUCUGCAAUUUGCCCCCAGCCCUCUCGGCGCGGAAACUUCGCAGGCUGGCCCAGCAAGACCAUCACUAUGACCGAUGGGGACUAUGAUUAUCUGAUCAAACUCCUGGCCCUUGGAGACUCAGGGGUGGGGAAAACAACAUUUCUUUACAGAUACACAGAUAAUAAAUUCAAUCCAAAAUUCAUCACUACGGUAGGGAUAGACUUUCGAGAAAAACGUGUGGUUUAUAAUACUCAAGGACCAAAUGGAUCUUCAGGCAAGGCAUUUAAGGUACAUCUUCAGCUUUGGGACACUGCAGGACAAGAACGGUUCCGGAGCCUCACCACUGCAUUUUUCAGAGAUGCCAUGGGCUUCUUAUUAAUGUUUGACCUCACCAGUCAACAGAGCUUUUUGAAUGUCAGAAACUGGAUGAGCCAACUGCAAGCAAAUGCUUAUUGUGAGAACCCAGAUAUAGUAUUAAUUGGCAACAAGGCAGACCUGCCAGACCAGAGGGAAGUCAAUGAACGGCAAGCCCGGGAUUUGGCUGACAAAUACGGCAUACCAUAUUUUGAAACAAGUGCAGCAACUGGACAGAAUGUGGAGAAAGCUGUAGAAACUCUUCUGGACUUAAUAAUGAAGCGAAUGGAACAAUGUGUGGAGAAGACACAAGUUUCUGACACUGUCAAUGGUGGGAAUUCUGGAAAGCUUGAUGGGGAAAAGCGAGCAGAAAAGAAAUGUGCCUGCUAGACUCUACAUAGGAACUGAUAAUCAAGAACCCUACCCAAAUAUUACUUUUAAACACAACAGCAGACCACAAAAUUGUUGUCGAGUAGACCAUGCACAAUGAUAUAUCUUUGUUUUUCUGCUAGAAAUUUUAUUUUAAGAAACCAGAAUAGUCAACAGUGUCCAAAAGAAUUGACCAGUUAUCCUUGAGGCCCCUCCAAACAAGAUCAAAGAUUUCCUAAGGUGAUCUCACCAUCAUGGAUGUUCCACUUUUGUUUUUAAAUAAAGAAGAUGAGUACAUAAGAGAGUAAACAAGAGGAAAUAUCUGUGAGUUUUGCAGUAAGUUGGAACAAAAAUGACCUUGUCACAUUGGAGAAGAGGAUAGGCUACCAUAGGGAAAACACAACUUUUUUUUAAAGGUUGGAUUUAUUUCUUUUCUAGAAUCUGAUUAUUACUUUCAGAUUUGCAUUUGGGAAAACAUAUUUGCUGAAAUUGGAAACAUAAUGAAGAAUUCUAUGAGAUUUAUUAAGAAUGACAUACCUGUGUACACCCAAUAACUGUACUAAGAAUGAUAGAAUUACUAAUAAGGUCGUGAGUGGGUGAAUGUCACACUUGCACUAAAAUGUAGUACAUUGUGUAAUAAUGUCAUUUUUAUAUUCUUAAUAAAUGGCAUAUAGACAAGAACAGGACUGUGACUGACAAAGUACAAGAGAAAUGCCCUGGAGAGAAAAAUGAAGUAUGGGAACAUGGCAUUUGGACAGCUGAAAUUAAAUGUAUCUGUUACAGAUGUCUAGAAGAGUUACUUAGCCAAAUUUCAUUCAAGCCAAUUAGAUGCUGACAUUCUGAAUUGGGGCUAAGAGACUCUCCAAGGGUUUCCAUUUCAAACAAAAUUUUAGAAAUCAGUUUGGGUGGUGUUAGCUUUGCAUUUCAUUUUUUUUUUUUUUUUAGCAAAUGUUGAUAUUUGUCACAAAGAGAAAUUCACUGUUGCUGUUCACUGAAUAUCUCUUUUGAAAAUUCUGUCAAGAAAAAUUAUUUAGCCUCAUAAGUUGUUAAGAUGAAAAAUGCUAUUAAUAUGAAACAAAUAACAACUAUUAAUUAUGAAUUUUAUUUUAUUUAUAAAUGUGCUAGAAACCCUAACACAUUUCUUCUCCCCAAUCCAUACCCAUGCCUGGGUUUGAAUCAACCACAGAAAUACAGGCUUUUCACUUGGUAGAACAACAACUUGGUAAAACAAUAACAAUAAUGAUGGAUCAAUUCUAUGAUCACUCUGAUUUUUCAUGUCAUUAAUCAUAUAGAAUUAGUGAUACCUCAUUCUGUACUACACUAUGUUUUCAUUUUACCUAAGCCUUUCAUUGAACUAUGUUUGGGUGGGGAGGGAAAAUAUCAUAUCUCACCAAAAUUUUGAUCAAUUAUUUGAUCUUUCACAUAAAGCUACCUUUUCUUCUAAAAACCAUCACAUAUGCAUUUUCUAGUGGCCUUAUCUUACUGUUGUGUCUAAACUAAUAUGACAUUACUUUUUAUCUUAGUUUCUGAUACACACAAGCCAUACCAAUCAAAAUAUUAUUUAAACAUGUCAGUUUUAUCAAUAACAAAGGCAACAUAGUUCAAGUUAUCUCUUUUUAAUGAAUAUAUUAUUUUUGAUGUGGCAGUUCUUUUCCUAUAAAAUUUUUGCAAACUUAAUUUUUCUGUACUCAGUGCAUAUUUUUUAACUUAUAAAAAUGGGAAACCCUAAAAUUACAGUCCCCUCUUCAACCUCUCCCUAUAAUCUCCUUCUACCAUUGAGUCAGUUUCAGAAACACAGACAAAUCCAAAGGAGUAUCUGUUUAUAAUUCUUAGGAUGGAAUAGAUCCAGAAAUGUGUCAAGCAUCAGAACAAUUUGGAAGCUUUUAUGGGAUUAGUACCCAGAGAAAUUCUCAGUUAACUGCCCAGCUCCUCCGAUUUUUGUAACAACGUGCCAGCUUCGAAGAUCAGUGGUGGCUGGGUGUUCCAGUGGCAUUUCUUUAGGUAUGCUCUUGUGACCUCAAUGCCUGUGACAGGAAGACAGGAUGUGAUUAACUAACAUUUAUGUUGUUUCAUCUUAGAGCAAAUAGAAAAAUAUAACCAUUUCUGGGCAAAAUUUGGUGAACUUUUGUGGACUUUCUUUCAAGUUCUUCGUUGGACUCAGAUUGUGAUGUCCCUAGCAUUUCCAUAAUAGGGAAUGCUCAGGCUUUUAUAAAGCCCUCAAGGUAUUCUAUUUUGACAUGUCUUUUGCUUCUAUUUAUUUUCCAGCUAUAUGAUUGAUUUACUUAUGCCAAGAAUCUGUCAUUGUCAGUUAGUUAAUGAAUAUUUUUUCAGGGUUUACUUUAAAAUUGUUAGUUGAUAGCUGUAGCACAAAGCAGAUGAUGCCCAUGAUUAUGGAACUCUGCCUAUAAAAAUAACAGUUAUUGGGUAAAAAGAGAAGUCAUUUAAGAUAUCAUUCUAUUUAUAAAUAAAUGCUUGAUCUAAAAUGUAUUUGCCCUGUAAAACUUGACAUCUGACCCAAAAUUAUAUUUAACCAUUAUUAAAAAUUCUUUCUUUCAUUAUUUCAGGAUUCAUAGUUCUGUGUAAUUUGUUUUACAAUGCAAAUGUAUCUGGUGCCAUUUGUAUACUGACUGCUUUAAGGGAUUCCAUAUUCCCUCUGUCUCACAAAUGCAUGCAUUUUUAGUCAAGCUGUGUCCUGUUGCUGAUCAUCUCUCCAAUACUAUAGUAGAUCAUGUUGUAGGAAAUAUUUAAAAUGUAUGUGACACUCCUUUCUGUUAUAGGAACCAUUUCUAGAGUGUUUACACAGAUUUGAUGUUUACAUUGCUCUAACUCAGUGCCUCGGAUACCUCCGUGACCAAAUUUGUUUCCAACCAUAUAGCUCAUUUCCUCUGAUUGUAUAUUAUAGGAAGGACUCACAGAGACAUCAACACAGCUUAAGGUCUUAUAAAAUCUUCAGAAAAGGAUGCAAGGAUUUUAUUGGAAUCUAGAAGUUAUGACCAACUUUUCUUGAUCCCCUAACUAAUGGAGUGGGCAUUAUUGAGAAUUUUAACUGUGAUUAGUUACAAAGUUAACUUUUAAUGUAAAAAUGUGUCAGAAAUAGUCCAGAGAAUAUAAUGCUUGUCUUGGUCUGAUGGUAACAAGUCAUGGAUUUUCAGAGAAAAUGCUGAAUACUAGGAGUUGAGCUUGUCUUUCCGCAACAAUUUUAAAACUCAUGCCAGUUACACUCCAGCCAAUUUGCUGUCCUUUCCAUUUUAUCAUCUACUGCACUGCAAAAAAACCAAAACCAGCAUUUUCUAAAGUAAAUAUUUUAUCUUUUAUUUUUAAAGAGAUGGGCCAGUCUGUAUCAGUGGAUGUCUUUGUCAUGCUUCUACUAUAAAUUGUUCUUUGCCAAUCUGUACAAAUAGGUUAAACUGGACAAGAGUUUUAAUCAGGCUUCCCUUGUUCCUUUUGAUGACAGAGAAACUUACCACAGAGAAAGAUAUGACUACGUUAAAAAUUAACACAACAACCACAAUGUUCUUUAAGCUAUAAAUUUAGUCCACAGGGAGUCAAUAAGUUGUAGGAAGCCCAUAUAUCUUCUCACCAAUGGAGUGAGGGCAGCAGUUAGGUAGAGAAACACUAGGCAUCAUUUGUCAUCUGGAAACAUGUGUCCAUGAAACAAGAGCUCCAUUUAAAGUACACAUGGAACUGGUAUUUAAGCUAGUGGUUAAGACACCUGUUAGGAUGCCUACAUCCUGCUUUGCAGUAGCUGUGUUUUAUGCCUCUGCUCCUGACCCAGCUCCCUAGCUGUUGCAGGCAUUGGGGAGUGAAACAGAAGAUGAUUUCUCUCUCUCUCCCUCCCCCUCUCAUCUUUAUCUUUAUUGGCCUCUUAAAUAAAUAAAUGAAAAAAAAUUUUUGAAAAUGACACGUGUGCUGUCCUAGUUGUAUAUCACACCAUAAAUUUGAGGGAAAAUCCUCAUUUAUGAAGGAUUUUGAAAUCUUAAUAGGAACUCAAAGCAUAAAGAAAUAAUAUUUCAAUUCUCUAAUUUCCUAGUAUAUAUAAUAACUCUUUGAAAGGAAGAUCUAAGAGGUGAUGUGAGCCAAAGUUACAGUACAGCUGCCUUUAACCCUCUUCUGCCAAACAUUAAAGCAUUAGAAGCAUUAAAGCAUUAGAAGAAAUAAGUGUAGUUGAAUAUUUUAGAUAAAACUUUUAUCACUUUUUAAGAUACAAGAUGCUGUAAAUAUUUGAAAUGCUCAUUGUAAGGUAUAUUUUUUUUUAUUGAACUGUGAACAAGAUCAUGCAAGCUUAUUUCUGGGAAGAGUAUAAGUUCUGGAACAUGAAUGCAUAUAGACUAUUAUCUGAGUGUUGUCUUAAUGCUUAAAGCCAAGAUGCUGCUUGUCUCAUAGAGUGGAUACAAAAUCAUUGUUGGAUAUGUAAAGAUUUUGACAUAACUUAGCAUUCUUGGUUAUAGACCCAAUCACAAUGAUAUUGUUGGCAAAGAACUAUAGAUAAAUAAGAGUUUAAAAGUUAUCUAAAUUAUGCUUUUAAAUACAAAAGGAUAUGUAGAUGGCCAUACAUAUAUGAUUUUUAGGUAGAUUUUUAAAAGGUUUGGUAACAGUUUUUCUAACUAGAUCCAUGGCAAACAUUUAUUCAUUAUUUUUAUCCAUAGAGGUGUAGGCCCUUAGAACUAAGCUAAUAAAAACAAAUAUCAGAUACUUAAUUGUUAACAUCAGAAUUUGGGAUCUUGGAAACAUUUUGUUUAAUUACAUAUAAAUCCAAUUUUCUCAUAAAUUUUAUAUUUGAUUAAUUUUUCAAGAGCCCCAAAGACUCCUUUCUGUAGUAUUCUUUGUACCAACAAUCAGGUAUUUUUCCAACUUCAUUUGUGGAGAGAAUAUCACUAAUGAAAAGUAAUUGGCACCAAAAUAGUGAUACUAUAUAAAGGAGUAUCAUUUUGGGGAGGAAAAUACACAAAGGAAUCAUCAUUGGACUUAAUGGUUAGUGGUUUAAAUUUGAUUUGCUGGUACCUUCCCUUCCCAAGAGGUCCUAGGAGUUGUGACCAAUAACCCUAAUUGACUUAGUCUUUAAGAAUCAUUAGCAAAUUCUACAGGAGCCGGCACAUCUGAUCUUUACCUAUUGGAUCACUUAUUUAACCAGUGGCUGCUAUCCUUAUGUCUGUUGGCACAUCAAAAUAGUAUCUGGCUUAGCAAAUAAUGUAUGUAGGCUUAUCCCUACUCUGUCUCUAGGAGAUUUUUCUUUUCAAAUAUACUUUGAAAGAAAACGUACUGUCAUAAACAGAAAAGUCACCAGAAGGAACAAUUCAGGGUCCAUGGGACCUAAAUAGAUUAGUGACUUCUCAUGGAAUUUGUAAACCCUGUGUGUUCAUGGGAUUCAUGCCACAUUCAAAGGAGAAUCUGUAUAAGAAAGGGAUUUGUAAAUUAUGUUCCAUGCCAUAAAAACACUAUUAUCAUAAGCUGCGAGUGAAUAAAACCAUCACAGACAUCAUUUAAACCACUUAUUGAUUACAAAAGUAUCAGAACAGGGACAGCACACUUAUUUUAGUACAGGUGUUAGAAACUACAAUUGGACAGUCACCUUGAUGUCAUUGUAUUUGAUUGAAAAUGUUUAAUAUAUCUUGUUAUUGGAAAAAUUUUGAGUUCUAUUUCAAUUUGUAUGUAUCUUGUACUUUUUAAAGGAAACCAAUUUCAUUCUAGAUAGUACAUUAUAACCCAGUAAAAAUCCUCCUUGUGCAAAUAGGGCUUUGUGUCCAUAGCCUUGUAAAAGACACUAAUUAUAUCUGAAAUUAUUUUUAAAAAUAAUCCUGCUUUCACUGAUAUGUUAAAAGCAGACAGCAUUCUAACAUAACACUGAAGUGUUUCACUGUACCCCAACAGUGUACCUUUAAGUAAUAUUGUCCUCAUUUUUAAGCCAAGCAUGUUUUGUCUAGUGCUAUUAAUGUAAUUUAAGACUUUUAAACAUGGAAUUUUUAUUCUAUAUGCCCCUGAAUAAACUGUGGUUCCUGACAAAUACUGUUAGGUAAUUAUUUUGUUGUACCAAAGUUCUAAUGACUACAGAAAUAAUAGCAUCCAAUGAUUUUGUGGUGUAUGGGUUUGAAUAUUAUGGUUGAGAACUGUAUUCAGUGAUUGUUUCUUGCACACUUUUCAAAUAAA